ACCCAACAAGACAGAUCACACACAAAGGGAAAUUGUCACUAGAAAUCAAACAAACAAGAGAUAAAAAUGGGAAGCUUCAACCAAGAGGCUGCACCUCUUCUUCCACAAGACUUGAAAGUAAGCAUCAAAGAGUGUAGUGUAGUAUUUCCAUCCCAAUUAGAAGCCCAAAAAGAGUCAACAUUAUUCUUGACAAACAUAGACCAAGUCCUCGACUUCAAUGUUGAAACAGUCCAUUUCUUUGCACCCCACGCCAAAUUUCCACCUCAUGUUGUCAUUGAGAAAAUCAAAAGCACUUUUUCAAAUCUCUUAGUGCCCUAUCACUUCUUGGCUGGAAGACUGAAAGUUAACCGUGAAAAUGGGCGAUUUGAGAUUGAUUGCAAUGGGGUUGGGGCUGGCUUUGUGGUGGCCUCAAGUGAUUACUCUUUGGAUGAGAUUGGAGAUAUGGUUUACCCUAAUCCUGCCUUUCACCACCUUGUUACUAAGUCUUUGGAUGCCCUUUUCAAGCCUGAUGACCAACCACUUGUCAUUCUUCAGGUUACUUUAUUCAAAUGUGGUGGCUUCGCAAUGGGCUUUUCAACGAACCACUGCACACUUGACGGCCUGAGCUUCAAGCUGUUCUUAGACAACUUUGCCGCUCUUGCUGAUAACAAGCCCCUGGCUGUGACUCCUUGCCAUGACAGACACCUCCUGGCCGCGCGAUCACCGCCACGUGUCACUUUUCCACAUCAUGAACUCCUCAAGCUUGACAGUCCAUUGCCCUCUCCGGACUCAUCAAACGCCUCAGUCUUUGAAGCCACCCCACAAGAUCUUGACUUCAAGAUCUUCAAGCUGACUGCCACAGACAUUGCCACCCUUAAACAAAAGGCACAACCUAUCACCACCGGCGGCAGUGACGACGGCCAUGGUGGCAAGAAGUUUCGCAUCACUGGAUUUAACGUUGUCACAGCACUUGUCUGGCGGUGCAAGGCACUGUCGUUGGAUGCCGAAGACAACCAUGAAAGACCAUCCACGUUGCUGUACGCCGUGGAUAUAAGAUCAAGAAUGGACCCACCAUUGCCAACGUCGUAUUGCGGGAACGCGGUGUUGACAGUAUACGCCACUGCAAAAUGCAAGGAGCUGGAAGACGGGCCAUUUUCGAGGGUGGUGGAGAUGGUGUCGGAGGCAGCGGCGAGGAUGACGGACGAGUACGCAAGAUCGGCCAUAGACUGGGGAGAGCUUUACAAGGGGUUUCCAAAUGGGGAGUUCUUAGUAUCUUCAUGGUGGAGAUUAGGGUUUGCAGAGGUUGAAUAUCCAUGGGGAAAACCAAGGUAUAGUUGUCCUGUGGUGUGUCACAGAAAGGACAUCAUUUUGCUAUUUCCAGACAUGAAUGAAAGUGGAAAAACCAAUAAUGGAGUGAAUGUUUUGGUGGCUCUUCCUAAGAAGCAGAUGGAGAAGUUUCAUACUCUCUUCAAGGAGUUUAUGGCUUAAUGUAUAAUACCCUAUAUUAUAAAGUGUUUAUGUAUGAUUACUACUGGAAAAUGAUUAUGUACUUAAAAGUUGAUAUAUUAUAUGGGGGUUUUCAAAUUUAGACAAUACGUUUUUCAU